AGAGCCCAAGGGGGAUGCGAAGGUGGUUUUUCUGCUUUCGAUGAUGCGAUCAUUCGGCGACGCUGGCGGGCAAACCCCACCGGGGCAGGGGCGGGAGCGGGGGCGGUGCGAUCUUUACGCCUGGAGGUCGACCCCAACUAAGCCACGGCCGCGCGUCCGCACCGCCCACGUGUCCCCGGAAGUGAGUGGCGUCCGAAGGAGCCAAUCAGCGACAGGCGUGGGGCCGCACCCGGGCGAGGCGGAGCCGGUAUCCGCAUUGGCACCGCCCCUCCCGGCAAGGGCCUGAGAGCUGCCCAGUUGACGCCUGUUUCGUCAUCACGUCGUGGUACUUACACUGAGUCACAUAGUCUGGUAUACAGGGAGGGACGCCUGGAGGCGUCCAUACGUUACUGCCCUGCGCCGGAAGGCCGUAUUUCCACGUUCUCUUCCCUCACCCUCUACCCCUUCCCCGGUACCAUAAAAUCCCGGGGUAUGAGCCGGAAGAGGCAUCGCCUGGUCCCGGAGACCUUUGCACUGAAGAGGCGGCGGGAGCGAGGACCCGUAGAAUCGGAGCCUCUGGGGGGCGAGUCGGGGUCGGCGCGCGCGGCAGUCUCGGAGCUGGUGCGGCUGUUCCCGCGAGGCCUCUUUGAGGAUGCGCUGCCGCCCAUCGUGCUGAGGAGCCAGGUGUACAGCCUGGUGCCUGACCGGACGGUGGCCGACCGGCAGCUGAAGGAGCUUCAAGAGCAGGGGGAGAUCAGAAUUAUCCAGCUGGGCUUCGACUCGGAUGCCCACGGAAUUAUCUUCACCGAGGACUACAGGACCAGAGUCCUCAAGUCCUGUGAUGGCCGACUGUAUGCUGGGGCAGUGCAGAAGUUUCUGACUUUGGUGCUUCCAGCCUGCGGGGACCUUAGUUUCCAGCAGGACCAAAUGACACAGACCUUUGGCUUCAGGGACUCAGAGAUCACGCAUCUGGUGAAUGCUGGAGUAUUCAACGUCCGAGAUGCUGGGAGCUGGUGGCUAGCUGUGCCUGGAGCUGGGAGAUUCAUCAAGUACUUUGUUAAAGGGCGCCAGGCUGUCCUCGGCAUGGUCCGCAAGGCCAAGUACCGGGAGCUACUCCUAUCUGAGCUCCUGGGCCGGCGGGCGCCUGCCGCGGUGCGUCUUGGUCUUGCCUACCAUGUGCACGACCUCAUUGGGGCCCAGCUGGUGGACCGCAUCUCUACCACUUCUGGAACCCUCCUCCGCCUGCCAGAGACGUGAGGAUUCUGCUCAUCAUCGCACAGCUCCCCACAGCGGGCCGAGAGGGGCCCUGGGGUGCUUCCCGAUGGUGGCUGAGACAUGAUCACCUUGGGAAGGCUCGGGAGCCAGGAUGAGUGUCGGGUUCUUGUCCACGCAAAGGGUCAGAUGUGACUGCUGCUGUUUGCCUGGGCUCUGAGCCAGUGGUGGGUUUGGGCCAUGCUCCUCUGCCCUUCCGUGGAAGUGGAGCCAGAAAUGGUGCCAAGGCCGUGGCUGCUGCCUUUCAUGUAGAAAGGGGCUGCUGUGCCUCUGUCUUGAGAUAGGACAGUGAGAUUUCUGGGGAGGCUGGUGAAGGAGGACAGGGUUCUUUUCCCUACAUGUUGUGUUGAAAUUGCCAAAUAAAGUACUUCUGCCUGUGGUA